AACAGGAGCAGGGACCGGAGCAACAGGUCACUGCAAACACAGGGAUAAUAGAGCAGCAGGGACAUGAGACCGAAGAAGCCAGGACAUCCCCACGCGUUGCAUCCCUGGGAGCACACAGCCCUGGUACCCUCCUCAGUGCGAUGCUCUCCCCAUAGCGCAGCACAGGCACUAUUCCCUCUGUCAGCUCUCUUUUAGGCUGUUUUGGGGGCAGAUUUCACCUUGUGAGCUCCUUUCCAGCCCCAGCUCCUUUGGUAUCAAAGGACACCCCUUUAAUAUCAAACCUAGCAGGACCAUCCCCACCUCCUUCCCUUGGGAAGAUGAUCAACGGGAUGCUGUUUGCUCCUAUUGCAGCCAUAGGAGCCAUAGGAGACAUAGGAGACAUUGACCCCCUCCAAGCAGAGCACAAAGCAAAACCAGCACCACAAACCCUGCAGGAGGAAGAGGAAACCGGAUCAAACCCUGCUGGGGAGGGCUCAGGCUCCUGCCGAGGCUGAAGGCUGAUGAGGAUGCUGCUGCUUCCCCUCCUCCCUCCCGGCAGCGCCGCUUCCGGCACAUGGCUCCGCAUCUCCAUGCUUGGAGGAGCCCGGCUGCAGCAUCGGAGCCCAGCAUCCAUCCCGGCCCCUCCGGGAGCAGUGGGAUCGGGAUCGGGAUCAGCGCAGCCAAGGGGAUCGCAGGGUACACCCGGAUGGCAGAGGAGGAGCCGGUGGUACCUGGCCUCCUGCGGGCACUGCAGGCUCUCACCCUGAAGGACUUCCAGGAGUUCAAGAUGAAGCUGUUGGAGGUUUGUAUGGAAGGAGGCUGGAAAAUCCCUAAGGAUGCACUGGCCAAAGCUGCCCAUCCGGGUGCAUUGGUUGGAUGCAUGGGGGAGAGAUACAGCGAGGAUGCGGCGAUGGAGAUAGUGAUUGGGGUGCUCCGAGAGAUGAACAUGGGAGACCUUGCUGAGGAGCUGCUGGGAGAGAUGGUGAAAGAGCACAGGCAGAAGUACAAGGAGCACAUUGUCCAGAGCUUCCUCCGGUACAAAGAGGUGUCCUCAUGUCCUGGGGAGAGCAGCUCCAUCCGGAGCCACUUCACCCCCCUGACCAUCACCAGGAACCCUCGGAGCCAGCGUGAAGCUGUGGACAUCAGCCAUGGAUGCAAUGACACCAGCAAUGGCCCAGCCACCAUCUCCACACUGUUUAACUCCAAUGGAGAUGGGCAAACCCCACAGGUCGUGGUGCUGGUGGGAGCCCCAGGGAUGGGGAAGACGAUGGCAGUGAGGAAGGUGAUGGUGGAGUGGGGACAAGGCACCAUGUACACUCAGUUUGACUACAUCUUCUGCAUAGACUGCAGAGACGUGGCCCUUCCUAAGGAGGCCAGUGUGGCAGAGCUGGUGUCCUGGUGCUGCCCGCACCGGAGGGCACCGGUUGGGAAGAUCCUGGAGGACCAGAAGAGGAUCCUGUUCAUUCUCGAUGGCUUUGAGGCCUUGGGAUGUGCCUUGGUCCAGCCUGAAGAGCUGAGCUCUGAGCCCAGGGCAGUGAAGCCGCUGGAAGUCACCCUGAUGAGCUUGAUGAGGAAGACUCUUGUCCCCGAGUCCUCCUUGCUCAUCACCACGAGGCCGAUGGCUCUGCAGAGCCUGGGGCAGUGCCUGCAGGGGGAGGAGUACAUGGAUAUAAUGGGGUUUUCCAUAGCCACAAGGGAGGAAUACUUCCACAGGUACUUUGGGAACGACCCCAAGGCGGAUAUGGCCUUUGGGUUUGUCAGAGCCAACGAGAUCCUUUACAGCUUAUGUAGCAUCCCCAUCGUGAGCUGGACCGUCUGCACCAUCCUGAAGCAAGAGCUUCGCAAGGAGAAGGACCUCAUGGAGGGCUCCAAAGGCAGCACAUGGAUGAGUGUGUUGUACCUCUCCUGGUUAGUGAGGCACAGAGGCAAGCACAGCCCCAAGGACCUCCAGCCCUUCCUCCUCAAGCUUUGCUCCUUGGCUGCUGAUGGCAUCUGGAAGCACAAAGUCCUCUUUGAGGAGAAGGAGAUCAAGGAACGUGGCUUGGACCAACCAGACCUUCUCCCCCUCUUCCUCAAUGAGAGGAUCCCAAGGAAAGGUGAACAUGGGAACAGCUACAGCUUCACCCACCUGCACCUCCAGGAGUUCUUUGCAGCCUUGUUCUAUGUCCUGGAGGACGAUGAGGACGUGGUUGGUGACUCCAGGGGUAUCCCAAAGGACAUCAAGGUGUUGCUAGAGACCUACAGCACAUCCAGGGAGGAUCUGAACAUAACAGUGAGGUUCCUGUUUGGUUUGAUGAGCCCAGAAUCCAUCGAGUACAUGGACAACACCAUGGGGUGCAGAACUUCACCACGAGCCAAGGAGGAGCUGCUGCAGUGGCUGCAGGGCAGACAUGGAGGCACUUCCCAGCCUGGCCAAGGGAUGAAGCUGUCCCGGUUGGAUGUGUUCCACUUCUUGUUUGAGAUGAAUGAUGAAGGCUUCGCACAAAGGGCGUUGGGAGCUUUCACUGACAUGGACCUGCAGGACCUGAAGCUGACCCUAUACGACCAAAUGGCUCUUUCCUUCUGUAUCAGGCAGUGGCCUGGGCUGAGCUCUGUCACCCUGCGGGGAUGCUCCUUCCACCACCAGGACCCCAAGGAUGAGGUGGCAGCAUCAGUGUCCUGCCCUGCUCUGUUGGACACCGGAGCCCAUCCCGAUCCCAUUGCGGAGCACCAGGAGCCGCAUUCCCCCAUUGAUGUGCUCUGCAGGGCACUGCAGCAUCCGGAUACCCACCUGCGGGUGCUCCGGCUGCAGUGGUGCCGCCUGCCUGAGAGCUGCUGUGCGGCACUGGCGACGCUGCUGGCUCAGCACCGCAGCCUGGAGCGCCUGGAGAUGGGGGACACGGCAAUGGGGGACCGCGGCGUGAGCCUGCUCUGCCAGGGGCUGCGGCAGCCUGGCUGCGGCCUGCGAGUGCUGCGUCUGCGCUAUUCCCGGCUCACCAGCGCCUGCUGCCAGGACCUGGCCGCUGUGCUGAGCACCAGCCCAAGCCUGGAGGAGCUGGAUCUGUCCUUCAGCGAUGGGCUGCGGGAUGCGGGUGUGGAGCUGCUGUGCCAGGGGCUGCAGCCCCGUUCCUGCCGCCUGCGGACCCUGCGCCUGGGGAGCUGCCGCCUGACGGGCGCCUGCUGCCGAGCGCUGGCUAUGGGGACCCCCCCGCUCACCUGCCUGGACCUGAGCGACAAUGAACUGGGAGCUGAUGGGGUCCUGGAGCUCUGCCGGCGGCUCCGGAGCCCCUCCUGCCCCCUGCGGACACUGGGGCUGAGCACGGCUGGGCUGCCCCAGGAUGUGCUGCAGGACCUCACUGCCCUGCAGCAGCUGAAGCCCAGCCUGAGGGUCGGGUACCUCCUGGAGCAGGAGGCACCGCAGGCAGGGGCCAUGACCAGGCUCCCCUUCCACCGUGGGGCCCUGCCGGGCAGGAGGGUCCCCCCCAUGCUCCGGAGAGGAGCCCCCCUCUAGGACAGCCCUUGGAGCCAGCGCAGCCGUUCCCAGCCCAGUGCUUGGGGACCUGGGGGGAACCUGCUCAGGGUCUGAGCCUGCCCCAUGCAUGGGGCACAGGGAGGAGGUGCUGCCUGCAUCCUGCAUCCUGCAUCCGCUGUGGUCAGGCAGGACCGGUCACAUCCUUCCCUCUCCUGUUUCCCCAUGUGUGGGGAAUAGAUCUAUAUAGAUCUACAUAGACCCCCAUCUGUUGGUGGGAACACUCGUGUUGGUG